GAAAAACCCUAGCGAAGCGUCUGCCGCCACAAAACCAGGGGUUUCAUUACUCUCUCUCUCUCCAAGGAUCUUCUUGUAGCCGGAGAUUCGCGGUUUCAUAUUAUCUCAUCUUCCAGCGAAGAAGUGAAAUGAUUAAACGUCGUUUCUACCAUGUGGAACAUGCUGACGAUGCCUCUGAUGAUUCAUCCUCAUCUUCUUCCGAUUCUGAACAGGAGGUUGAAGCCAUAGAAGAAGUGGAGGAUGAUGAUGAUGAUAACAUCUCUGUAGAAGCUGAAGAACAGAAUGAAGCUCACUCAUCUUCAUCUGAUGAUGAAGGUGUUAAACCUGGAAAUGAGGAUGAUGAUGAUGAUGAAGAGGAUGAAGAGGAGGAGGAUAAACAAUCGAAUGGUAGAAAAGACAGAAGAGUUACAAAACCUAAUCUCGAGUUCCUACUAAAGAAGGGUACAGUUCCAGUUGAUGCAGCUGAUCGUGUGUUGCAGCAUAAAUCAGUUUUCAAGUGCAAGUUAUGCCCAACAGUCGUUUGUUUGUCAGAGGAGACAUUGGAGGCUCAUCUAAAAUCAAAGAGGCAUGGACGAUCUGAGAAGCAACUAAAAGAAGGGAGGUUGAAGAAAAUGCUUGACAGUGAUGGUGAAAUUGAAGAAAUAGUGGAGGAAGAAGAAUGUGAGACCCAUACUGAAAGACAUGCAAGAAUUGUUGCUGCUGCAGCUGCUGCUUCCGCGGUUGUUCAGGGUGGUGAUGGCGGUUCAGUUGGGGAGAAAAAGAAGAAAGGGGGGCGACAGAGACAGAGGAAGAGGGUAAAGAAGAAUGUGGGAGAAGAUAAAAACUCGGAUAAAACACCAACAACAAUGACAAAGGAGAAGACAAAGGAGAAGGAGAAGAAGAAAUCUAGUGGUGGUAAUGAAAAAGAAUCAGUGAAACCAAUAACAUUGUCGAAGGAGAAGGAGAAGGAGAAGAAGAAGAAAUCAAGUGGUGGUAAUGAAAAAGAAUCGGUGAAAAGAAAACCGAAGGAUGGAAAGAGCAAGAAAAGAGGUAAAACUUCAUCCUCACCCUAGUUAGUUACAAAUAAUAUCUAUGAUGAGAGGAUAUUUGUUGUGCUGCUUUUCUACUUCUCAGUUUUGGAACUGUAAAAUUCUAAACUGGAUUUAACUUCAAGGCUAUAAUUACAUUCUCAGUUUUGAGUUUAUAAAGUUUGUUUUUUUGAGUUAAUUA